AGGCGCCAUUUUCUCACAUUAGACUAGGUGGAGAGAGGUGGUUAACGCAUGUUCUUUCGGUAAAGAGUUGUAUAUUAUUGUUUCAGUAACUGCUACAUUAAGUUUAAGCAUAUCAGUCUUGCAUCCAAUCAUGAGUGACGUUGAAGACGCAAACUUCGGCGGAAGAGUUAUUGAUCGCGAAGAAUUUGAAGAGUAUUAUCCAAGAAUGUGGAAGAAUAUGCAAGAUUACAGAAGGCUAAUGAAAAAUGUUAAAGAUCAGAAAAUAAAAUAUGAAGGGAAAAAAAUGAACAGAAGAAUGGUCAGAUAGAAGCACAUGCAUUAUUUUUUUUAAGUGAAAAUUUAUGAAUAUGGGGAAGAAUACUGGAAUAUGAAAAUGAAACUGAAAAAUGAAGAACGAAGAAAAGUAGAAAGCCUGAGAGACGUAGCGUUAAAAGAAUCUGGAAGAAUGAAUGGGUCCUAGGUUAAGUAAAUGUAUGGUUUCAUGUUCAAAGUGUCUGUAUGCUCCCACCGUAGCAUAAAGUGCAUGACUUAAUAUAGUAGUUCAUUAUGUGGUGAACAGGCAUAAAUAGGGAAUUUGUUUAAUCAGGGACUGUACUUGUUUGUUAAUAUAAUUAUAUAUUUAGCUCUGCAAAUUUUUAAUUGCACAGCUUAGGAUACUUAACCAUUUCUUUUCUGCAGCACAUGAAGUUUCUCAUUCAUAGGACUCUGCAAAAUAUAGUAAACUUUUUCUCCUGUAAUAUUAGGAAUCACGUUCUCAGUCGAAAUCUGAAGGUGGCAGCCCAGCACGUGUGAAGUCUGAGAGUCGAUCUGCAUCAAGAAGUCCCUCAAGAGCAUCAAAACGGUCAGAGUCCAGGUCUAGAUCAAGAUCCAAGUCACGAUCACGCUCUCGAAGACAUUCUCACAGAAGGUACUCUCGAUCUAGAUCACGGUCUCAUUCUCACAGAAAGAAAUCCCGGAGUCGCUCCUAUACACCUGAUUAUCGCCGCAAGAAAAGCAGAAGCGCUUCUCCAAUGUCAAAUCGCCGCAGACACACAGGCAGCAGGACAAGAUUGAACAAUGACUUCAAAAAAGAGCCAAACAGUCAUUAUGAUGCAAGGCUUUCUCACCAGGCAAACCCGGACCCAAAUACCUGCCUUGGGGUUUUCGGUUUGAGCCUCUACACCACAGAACGUGACCUUCGUGAAGUCUUCUCUCGCUAUGGACCACUGGCUGGAGUCAAUGUUGUGUAUGAUCAGAGAACUGGACGAUCAAGAGGAUUUGCUUUCGUGUAUUUUGAAAGAAUUGAUGAUGCAAAAGAGGCAAUGGAGCGGGCAAAUGGAAUGGAACUGGAUGGCCGGCGGAUACGUGUAGAUUACUCCAUCACUAAACGACCACAUACACCCACUCCUGGAAUUUACAUGGGAAGACCAACACACAGUGGAAGCAGUAGCAGCGGUGGCCGUAGACGUGAUUCUUACUAUGACAGAGGAUAUGACAGAUAUGACCGAUACGAUGAGUACGAUUAUAGAUACAGCCGUAGAAGGUCUCCAUCUCCCUAUUACAGCAGAUACAGAUCUCGUUCCCGGUCACGGUCCUAUAGUCCACGACGUUACUAAGUUGAAGGAGGUCAAGCACCUUGGAUAUUUUCCUAGUGAACUGUACAAUGUUUUAAAUACUUUUCUGUUUUUUUAUUUGUUGUGUACAAAUGGGGGUCAUAAAGAUUAAGUUUGUUCUUCACUUCAUUUUAUUAAAAAUUUUGUUUAAAGGAUUUUGUGUAAUAUACUAUUUUGGGGGAGGGAGGGAGGGUGAUACACUUAAUCCCAAAUUUAAAUCUGUUCCAUUUAAUUUCCCAGCUGUAAUAAAAUAGUUUACUGUAAAUGUUUCCAUUCAAUGGAUUUUUUUGUGCUCAAUAUGUAAAGUUGAAGAUUCUUUCUUUUUUUCUAAUCUUGAAAAUUUGGUAAAAUGUGUUAAUUGGUUACAGGAACAGUUUCUCCAGCUUGUAAAAGUAAUGUAAAAUUAUUUUUUGGUCUCUGUAUUUACAAAUAAAAAUGCAUAUUGUGUCAUCUGUUCAUUUA